AUGGGAUCUUCGGCAUCAUCUUCAACUGCCGGAUCUUAUGGGUUUGAUCUCCGCAGUCGUGACUGGGCCAGUCGUGUCAUAGCUCUACGGUCGUUUCUGAGAUGUGCAGAUAGUGUUGUGGCCGAGGAGAUGAAUUCAACCAGAAAGGUGAGUGUCAUGGUAUACAGCCUGAGGGAUGCACAAGCACGGUUACUCCGAGCAAGCCUAUGCAAAAAUACAAUAGAUCAUCUGACAGACGAUCCUUGCCCUAACAGGAAGGAGUAA